GCAUCGAUAAAAUAAUUCACAAAAUCGCAACGCGCGUGCGUAUGCUAAAUUUGAAACAUGGAAAUAAGUCUAUCAAAAUUUUAGUACCUAGUUCGUUGGGUUAUUUGUAAUUUAAUUUAAAGUAGCAAAAAAAUUUGAAAACUUAGAAAUGUGAAAAAUUUAGUGUCGAUAAUUUUUACUUCGUUAGAAAGUACCAUCGGCGAAGAGAUUCUGGCCUUAGUCAGCCAUGGAGCCAGAAGAUGAGUGUGAGCCUCGUUUAAAACCGGCACCAGACGACAUUCCUAAAGUACACUCAGUAUGCAACCACAACCGUCCACACACCAGUCCACAUGCAUCAUCAGACACCGAAAAUCCGUCGACCUCAGGCCUUCAGACUACAGACGAGCAAAACGAACACAGCAUGCGAAAAAAUGACGAAGAAGCUCCAGUUAAGGAAAACGAAGGUUCCGUCUCCGACUGGAUAUCGGGAGGGCCUCUCGGGUCUAAAGGAGCCGUUUUGGUAUUCAGAUCAUGCGUCCUCGCGUCCAGGACUCCUUCAAUGGAGUCAGAAACGAAAACCAUCGGCAAUAACACAGGGACAACAAUACUCUUAAACAAGGCUAAGAACAUGGCACGCAGGUUAGUCGCUGAGCCCCAUUCCUUUGCUAUGAGACCAAAGAACAUAAUGCACGAUGUGAUGGAAACGUUUGGAACCAGCAACAAGUUUCACGGGCAUGCUUAUAUAGUGAGACACGUUAGCGAUACGAAUAUCCCCGAGACUAUACCGGUGGAGGACCAAGGUCACGAGGGUCAGGACGUACUCGGACAUAAGAGAGACAUUGAAGACGUACUAAACGACUUGAGUAAGAUCACGCUGAAGAAACACCUGAACAUCGAGAAUACAACAGCUAACAUUAAGCCCCCGGAAGAACCGCCUCCUAAUGGUACUAGCAAAGAUGGCAAAGACGAUAAGAAAGGCAAGAAGAACAAAGGUAAGCAUAAACGCAAGACGCCGGUGUCGCAGCGUGCUAACUCACCGGCGCUUGACAGUGAUGACUCAGAACACCUCUUGGUGAAAGAGGUCGAGAGUGUAAAGGUCUUAGAAAGCAGUCACAUGCCUGCGCGUCUCCUCAAAAUAACCUAUAAGCUAGUGAACACGGAAACUAAACUCCUGCACCGGCUCCUCCAAGCUCACGGGCUACAGGAAGCCGUCAUGGAGUCGAAAGACUUCAACCUGUUGUGGUCAGGACUGCACCCGAAGCCCGAUGUCCUGCGGUCAUUGUCGCCCUACCAGCGCGUCAACCACUUCCCUAGGCCGGGCCUGCUCCGCUCUCUCCUGGAUAGCCACGGGCUGGUCGAAGCGGAAUUGAGCUCCAACUCUUGGACGCUCAUGUGGUCAGCACUCAUGAUCCCCUUCGAUAUCCUCCAAGCAUUGAACCCUAACCAGAAAGUCAAUCAUUUCCCCAGGUCGUACGAGUUGACUCGUAAAGACAAACUUUUUAAGAACAUCGAGAAAAUGCAAUACUUUCGAGGGCUGAAGCAGUUCGACUUCAUUCCUACCACCUUCCUGAUGCCUGCAGAGUAUAAGGAGCUGUGUUCCACCCACUACAGGACCAAAGGACCCUGGAUAGUCAAGCCGGCGGCUUCGAGCCGGGGCAGAGGCAUUUAUAUUGUUAACACGCCUGAACAAAUACCAAAAGGCGAGAAUGUAGUAGUAGCAAAAUACAUAGAUAAACCUCUUCUAAUCGGUGGUCACAAGUGCGACCUCCGGCUGUAUGUGUGCGUGACGUCUAUAGACCCCCUGUUGAUAUACCUGUAUGAGGAGGGGCUCGUGAGGUUUGCCACUGUCAAGUAUGAUAAAACCAAUAAGAACCUGUGGAACCCCUGCAUGCAUCUCUGUAACUACAGCAUCAAUAAAUAUCAUACGGAUUACAUCAAAUGUGACGACCCCAACGCUGGCAACAUAGGUCACAAGUGGACGCUCUCUGCCCUACUCCGUCACUUACGGAAGCAGGGCCGAAACACCACCGCUCUGAUGGCAGCCAUCGAAGACCUGGUAGUCAAGUCCAUCCUAUCCUCCGCGCAAACCAUCACCGCGGCAGCCAGGGUCUUUGUGCCCAAUUUCUUUAACUGCUUUGAGUUAUUCGGUUAUGAUAUUCUCAUCGACGACAUGCUGAAGCCGUGGCUGCUUGAAAUCAAUCUCUCGCCCAGUCUUGCAUGCGAGAGUCCUCUCGACGCUCGCGUGAAGUCGGCUUUGCUGGCUGAUACCCUCACCCUGGUGGGGCUACCAGCUGUCCCCAUGAGUAAGGCAGACAUCUCCACGCAAAGUAAUUCCCUCAAAAUGAGGAUUGGGGCGUGUCGGCGCGUGCACUCCGCGGAGAACGUGUUCGUGCGCGGCAAGCGGACCAGCGCAGAGAACAGCGGCGGCGGCUCGGGGGGCGCCGGCGCCGCGCUGUCCGCGCUCACCGGCGAGGAGCUGCGUCUGGUGCGGGCCGUGCGGGCCCAGUACGCCAGGAGGGGCGGCUUCGUCAGGAUCUUCCCCAGCCAGAACUCCUGGCAGAAGUACUCGCAGUACCUCGACCCAGUGACGGGCAUCCCGGUGUGCUCGACGUCGCUGAACAACAACAUCCCGUACCAGGUGGUCCAGCAUAACUACAACCUGCUGGUACACUCGCACGUGUUGCCGCACUUCCAGCAUGCCACCGUCGCCACCAGCCUUACCGAUACGCCGCAAAGGUUAAAACGUUACGAAGCGGUAAGUAUAACAUGCCAGGCGCCCGCGGUGUGGCUCGGCGAGACGACGCCGCAACAUCACGACACCAGGCGCGCUAAGGAGCUGGUCAAACGACAGCUCAUGGAUGGCAUGAAGCUCACCAUGGGCGAGGGCCGGCGCGCGUUCGGGCUGUUCCUGACGCACGUGCUGAAGCGCGUGUCGUCGCCCUGCAACGAGCUGGGCGUGCAGCACGCCGCGCUCGUGCUGCGCUUCCUGCGCCGCGCCUCCGCCUCGCUGCGCAUGCCUUACAAUGUAAAGGGUCCGCCGGCGAAGAUGUGCGACAAGGACAGGUGCGCGGUGAUCGCCAAGCAGCUGAACGACUUCCUGUACAUGUACUACAGGGAGACCGACCUCUACACCGACAGCGAGGACAAGGAGGGAUGCGUCUCUAAUAUACACUUCGCGCAGUUCUUGUAUUCCGCUAGCGAGGCAGACCUAGAGGACGUGCUCCUGCUGCAGCUGAAGAUGGAGAACUACCAGACGACGUUCCUGGGCGACGCGCGCAACAUGUUCUGCGUGGACCUGCCGCCCGCCAAGCUCUGCGCGGAGCCGCCCGCCCGACACACGCUGCUCAAGCAUCUCGCCUGCCUCUCGCCCAUCAACACCAGGAAGUACAGAUCAGAGUGGACGACUUGGAUCAACACGGCAGCUAAAUUGGGGUCCACAGAUUCCCAGAGCCGUUCAGAGACAGACACAGAGAGCGACCACCCUCAGCCCCCCUUCACCAACUCCGACAUCGUCCUCAAGGAAUCCCUGAAGGAGGAGAAGCCUCUGACGCAAGCCCUCAAGUACGCGAGGUCAUAGCAACAGUCCCCGUUACAGUAAGACGUAGAAGAUAUGCUGUACCUUAUGAUAAUUUACUCAAAAUUUAUUUUUAAGUCACUAUACUAAAAUUGAUCCCCUUAAAAGAUAGUUCUAGUUAUAAACCACACUUAACGAACUAGAAGAAAUAAUGUGUGCAUUCAUAAAUAAAUAUUGUAAUAAAGAUCUCUAUUAAACAGUCUCAGUUGGUCAUAUACCAUGGUAGAAGACCACCAAUUCAUUUUGAAUAUCUUCGACAUUUCAAAAAGGAUAUCCCAUAUUUUCUAUACGCGUCAAAAAUUCAAACUACGCGUUCAAAUUGUCUUAUUAUGUGGUAAAAAUUCUGUCCUUUUCCGUUUACUAAAUGGCAUGAAAAAUGAUCUUGCUUGUUAUAUACUUUUAACAAUAAUCAAUUUUAUACGAAUAUUUCCAACUGAGACGGGUCUACGAGAGAUUUUAGCAAAAUUUUCUACUAAUUACUGUUUUAAAGUCCACAUUAGUUAAAGUGCUACAGCAAAAUCUUCUACAUCUCAGAAAAAGCAAGUGUUCGCUUGUCCCCGCUAGUCUAGCUAGUGUCGUGUUCCCUUUUAAUACUUUUAUCCUUGCCUUAGCUUCCUCUACCACUCCUAAUCAUCAUUUGCAUCUAUCUUAGCUAUAAGAUACCCUGAAGAUGUUCUAUUGUCAUCCAAAAUGUACAAACAAUACCAAAUCUAGAAGAAUAUGUAUAAAAUAUAUUUUUGAAGUGAUACUGCCACUUAACUUCAGAUGUGAUAGAAACAUCGUAGAAAAAUAAACCUUAUUGCAAUCACGUAGCAAUUUGUUACAGAUCUGGCGAUAAAACGCCUAUUCGCUUUACAUUUAAGAAGAAAGAGUUAGUGCUAUCUUGCAUACUUCUCUCUCUUUCAACGUAAUAUUAGUCUACCCAGUCAAUCAGUAGUGUGAUAAUAAAUCCUUUAUGAACCGUUAUAGCUGCCUUCCAAAUAGUACAAUGAUGUUGCACGGUCUGCCUUCUAGGGUUAGCAAUAAUUAUAUGAUACCAUACUUGUAUUUACUGUGUACCUGGCACUAGAUAUAAUGAUCUGAAGGUGCUAUGUUGUCGAUGUUCUGUUUUGGUAGAAUUUACGACUGUGAAACUGGCAUGGGGCACAGGCAUUCAGCUAAAAUAUUCUUUUUUUCUGUCUCAAUCACCAGCAAUCGGUAAAUGAAUAUGGCAUGCUUUUGUAUUGCUAAUCUUUUCAGUUUUUUUUUUAUUUACACCUUUUCUUCUAGAUCCAUUAUUAACAUUUAUUUUUGGAAAUUGAGAAUAUUAUUCUUCUUUUUCCAAUAAAAGAACUAUUAAUAUUAGUUGUUGACUUAAAGCUGCCAUUUAGUAUAUUACAAUAUCCUCGGGCUACUUAGAUAACACUGUCUUCAGUUCUGCCAAGCUAUUUAUUGUCAAUCCUAAAUUGACAAGACAAUACAAUUGGCUAUACUUGAAUAAACAAA